AUGAUUGACCAAUAUAAACAUAAACAACUUCAAAUUGGACUCGUUUCCCCUCAACAAAUAAAGGCUUGGGCUAAAAAAAUCCUACCUAAUGGGGAAGUCGUUGGCGAAGUCACAAGGCCCUCCACUUUUCAUUAUAAAACCGAUAAACCAGAAAAAGAUGGAUUGUUUUGCGAAAGAAUCUUUGGACCCAUAAAAAGCGGAAUUUGUGCUUGUGGAAACUCUCGAGCGAGCGUAGCUGAAAACGAAGACGAAAGAUUUUGUCAAAAAUGCGGGGUAGAAUUUGUUGAUUCUCGGAUACGAAGAUAUCAAAUGGGAUACAUCAAACUAGCAUGUCCAGUGACUCAUGUGUGGUAUUUGAAAGGUCUUCCUAGUUAUAUUGCGAAUCUUUUAGAUAAACCCCUUAAGAAAUUGGAGGGCCUAGUAUAUGGUGAUUUCUCUUUUGCUAGGCCCAGCGCUAAAAAACCUACUUUCUUACGAUUACGGGGUUUAUUCGAGGAUGAAAUUUCAUCCUGUAACCACAGUAUUUCUCCCUUUUUUUCUACCCCAGGCUUUGCAACAUUUCGAAAUCGGGAAAUUGCAACAGGAGCAGGUGCUAUUAGAGAACAAUUAGCGGAUUUAGAUUUGCGAAUUAUUAUAGAGAAUUCUUUGGUUGAAUGGAAGGAAUUAGAAGACGAGGGGUAUAGUGGAGAUGAAUGGGAAGAUAGAAAAAGACGAAUAAGAAAAGUUUUUUUGAUUAGACGCAUGCAAUUGGCGAAACAUUUUAUUCAAACAAAUGUAGAACCAGAAUGGAUGGUUUUGUGCUUAUUACCGGUUCUUCCUCCCGAAUUGAGACCCAUUGUUUAUAGAUCUGGGGAUAAAGUAGUGACUUCAGAUAUUAAUGAACUUUAUAAGAGAGUUAUCCGCCGGAACAACAACCUUGCCUAUCUAUUAAAAAGAAGUGAAUUAGCACCAGCAGAUUUAGUAAUGUGCCAGGAAAAAUUGGUACAAGAAGCCGUGGAUACACUUCUUGAUAGUGGGUCCCGCGGGCAACCGAUGAGGGAUGGUCACAAUAAAGUAUACAAAUCACUUUCAGAUGUAAUUGAGGGUAAAGAGGGGAGGUUUCGCGAGACUCUGCUUGGGAAACGGGUCGAUUACUCGGGGCGUUCUGUCAUUGUUGUGGGUCCUUCGCUUUCAUUACAUCAAUGUGGAUUACCUCUAGAGAUAGCAAUAAAGCUUUUUCAGCUAUUUGUAAUUCGCGAUUUAAUCACGAAACGUGCUACUUCUAAUGUCAGGAUUGCUAAAAGGAAAAUUUGGGAAAAGGAACCCAUUGUAUGGGAAAUACUUCAAGAAGUUAUGCGGGGACAUCCUGUACUGUUGAACAGAGCACCUACCCUGCAUAGAUUAGGCAUACAGGCCUUCCAACCCACUUUAGUAGAGGGACGUACUAUUUGUUUACAUCCAUUAGUGUGUAAGGGUUUCAAUGCGGACUUUGAUGGGGAUCAAAUGGCUGUUCACCUACCUUUAUCCUUGGAAGCUCAGGCGGAAGCCCGUUUACUUAUGUUUUCUCAUAUGAAUCUCCUGUCUCCCGCUAUUGGAGAUCCUAUUUGCGUGCCAACCCAAGACAUGCUUAUCGGACUUUAUGUAUUAACGAUUGGAAACCGUCGAGGUAUUUGUGCAAAUAGAUAUAAUAGUUGCGGAAACUCUCCAAAUAAAAAAAUCAACUACAAUAAUAACAAUUAUUAUAAGUAUACGAAAGAUAAAGAACCCCAUUUUUCUAGUUCCUAUGAUGCACUGGGAGCUUAUAGACAGAAACGAAUCGGUUUAAACAGUCCCUUGUGGCUCCGAUGGAAACUAGAUCAACGCAUCGUUGGGUCAAGAGAAGUUCCGAUUGAAGUUCAAUAUGAAUCUUUUGGGACUUAUCAUGAGAUUUAUGCCCACUAUCUAGUAGUGGGAAAUAGAAAAAAAGAAAUCCGUUCUAUAUACAUUCGAACCACUCUUGGUCAUAUUUCUUUUUAUAGAGAAAUAGAGGAAGCCAUACAAGGAUUUAGUCGGGCCUAUUCAUACACUAUCUAA